CACAACAAGAUUUCACAAAACAUUUCGGAUUACGGAAAAGGAGGGACAACCCUUGUUGUUUGUGAUUGGACAGAACCUGGUGACAGUUUAAUGUCAUUUCCUGUUUGUGUAGCCUAGCCUAGCCUAGCCUAGCCUAGCCUACUGCUCUCAGCAAUACUUUAACGAAGGACACGAUGUAGGCUAAUUCUUGACACGCUUUCAACACAUCAUGACGUUAAAAUGUCCCGUGGGACCCGGAAGCACGUUUGAAAGAAUUAGGACUGAGGAGACGGGGCGGCUGGCCGACUCUUUAACGUCCGGCUAUCAGAGCGCGGACAGACGUUUGGAUACAGACCUGGCUGGCUUUAAAGCACAAACAUGGCCUCUGUGUUCAAAGGAAGACGGGAAAGCUUCGUGAACUGAGCCAACUAACGUCCGGUUUAGCCCUCCGCUGACUUAAAUGGGGAUAAAAUAAUUUAAUCUUGCGGCUGUUCUAGACUUUCCAAAUGUCAUCAGACCGAACAGAUCUAAUUCGGAGAGUGAAACGGGUAAUUUCGUGGGGGUCGUGAUACUCAGAACAGCAUUUGUUAGAAAGCUAGAUGCUUUAAUUAAUAAACUUAUGUGAUUUCUAUAAUGAGCAGUGGUGAAACUUAUUAUAUUCUGUUAUGAUCAAAAGUUGUCUACUUCCACUUUAAAUGUUAAACGUUGCUGUGUGUCGACACUUUGAUCCUUUGACUAGAGCUGAAAACUUCAGAUCUAAAAGUUGAGAAACAAGCCAACUCUGUUUCUUCGUGUGGAACCGCCCACUUCUCCCUAUGAGAACGAUGAUUAGUCGAAUUAAAAGUGAUUGACAGGUGGUUCAGGCUGCUCAUUGGUGAAAUUAGUUUUUGAAAAACAUGAUUGACAGUUACCCCGCCCAUUCAGAGUGUCCGGUCUGCAGCGGUACCCUCCUCGGCGCACUUCCUGGGGGAAGUCUGCAGGAGCGUCAAGGCAGACUAAUAGCAUACUAAUGCUUCCGGUGAAGACCUUCAAAAUAACACUUAGAAAUUUGGCACUAAAACGUGCUUUCACUCUGAAUAACUAUGGUAUGCUCUAAACUGCUGUAACGAGGCUUCGUUAGUGGAGGUCGCGGAGUUUUUGAUGUGUUGUAUGAAGGAAUAGACACGAUCUCGCCACAACACUUUGGCUUUGAAAGGUCGAUAGUCAGUGAACCGGAUGUAAACAGUGUAAACCGCCAUAUUGGAUGCACAGAGAGCAGAUAACCAUCCUGUUUGUUUUUCAGACUUUCUCCAACAGUUACAGACACAGCGGAACUGUCACUAGACUUACGGCUCUGAAUCCAGUUAAACUCUUUAGUUUUAUCUCGUGAGAUCAUCCGUUAGGCUCGCAGGCCAUGAUGGAGCCGACCGACACGGCGGCGACCAAAACUUUUUGCUCUCAGACGGAGCUGAUCAUGCUGGUGGCGGUGGAGUCUGCCGUCUCUGUCCUCCAGCAGAGACUCGGACAGCAGGGGACAGACAGCGAGGGGAGGCGGGCUCAGCUGACUGCCGUCCUGGAUGUCACGGCCAGAGAGGCUGUGCGUAAAAUCUGCAGAGUUUUCAGAGAGCUGUACCUGAGCUUAGCGAAGGAAAACCAAGCUCUGAAGGACAAAGUGGGACAUCUGGAGUCUGAACUGAGGUCAAAGGUCGAGAGAAACUGCGGAGCUGAGAAGAGCGUGACACAGGCGGUUUAUAAGAUCAAACCAUCAGAUGGACCCGCCCUGUCGCUGGACAUCACCCAACCAGCUGCCAACCCUGCUGCCCUCGCCAUGGCCAUCCUCAACUCCGCCAAAUCCAGACGCAGAGCCAGCGGCAACCCUCAGGUCCCUCUGGUCAUCAUCAGCCAGCCGCUUCCUGGUCCAAUCACAGGCCAGAGCAGCCCCGCCCCCCAGGUACCGGAUCCAACCACCGCUAACGCUAACACCGCUGCUGCUCCGUCAGCUGCUACGAGUCAGACUGACCUUCAGACCGAAGUGGUGUUAGAAAUGAACCAGAUCUCCACAGAUCCUGAAGAAUCACCGGGAGAUGUAACCCGAUCCUCCACAGACAUGAUAUCACUUCCUGUGGCUGAUGAUCAGCCAACCAGUGAGCCCGCAGCCAGUGAAAGCCCGCCCACGCCUGAAGAAGAACAAGCUGUUGUUGCUGAAGCCGAGAUGAAGAUGGAAGCUGAGGAGCCGACGCUCACUGAGCGCCAACCAGGUGAGACAGCUCUGAGUGAAGAGGAGCAGAAGGAGCUGGAGAGGAAGAGGAGGAGGGAGCUGUACAAAGAGAAGAGGUUCUUCUGUGAGCUCUGUGACAAAGGUUUCCAUCAGAAACACCAGCUGAGGAAACACGUCUCCUGUCACCUCAAACCUUUCCCCUGCAGCUCCUGCGAUAAAGGUUUCUACAAGGCCAAGAGUCUGCAGAAGCACCUGCUGACCCACCAGCUGAGGGAGGCUCAGGAGAACGACCCCGACAAGCUGCUGCGCUGCGACCAGUGCGACAGGAAGUUCAGACUGCUGCGGCAGCUCAGAGUCCACCAGGCGUCUCACCGGCUGGAGAAAACGCCACUGAAGUGCCACGUCUGCGACCGCACCUUCACCUCCGCCGGCGCGCUCAGGUACCACAAGGUGUCACACGCCCAGGUCAAGCCCUUCAUGUGCGACGUCUGCGGGAAAGGCUUCACCAGAAAGAAGAGCCUCCGCGAGCACCAGACCGUCCACACCGGCGCCCGGCCGUACCCCUGCCUAGCCUGCGGAAAGAGCUUCUCCACCGCCAGCAACCUGCGCGUCCACAAGAGGUCGCACUCUGAAGAGCGGCCGUACAAGUGCUGCGAGUGCGACAAGGCCUUCAAGUGUAAGAUGGGACUGCUGCAGCACCGAGUGGUCCACUCCGGAGAGAAACCCUUCAUGUGUCAGACCUGCGGACUGAGCUUCGGCCUCAAGUACAACUUCCAGAGACACCUGCGCCUCCAUAAUGGAGAGAAACCAUUCAGGUGUGAUAAAUGUGGAGAGGGGUUCACAGGUACCUGGGCUCUGAAGACCCACAUGCUGGUUCACGGUGUGGAGAAGCCGUUCAUGUGUGACCUUUGCGGGAAGACGUUUUUCUACAACUGUCAGCUGCAGAAGCACCAGCAGCUGGUCCACGACAACAAGGACCGAGAGAAGGUCGGCGGCGUGACGGGGAGACGGAGACCGACCGGCGUGAAACCCUUCAGCUGUAAGAUCUGUCUGAAGAACUUCAGCAGCAACACCACGCUGAGGACGCACGAGAAGAGCCACGCUGAGAACAAAGAGUUCACCUGCGACACCUGCGGGAAGUCCUACCACCUGCGACACCUGUACCUGUACCACAUGAGGCAGCACAGCGGCGACCGGCCGUACGUCUGCAGCGUCUGCGAGAAAGGCUUCCUGCUCAUGUCGCAGCUGAAGCAGCACGAGCUGCUACACACCGGAGUCAAACCUCACAAGUGUGAACAGUGCGGGAAAGAGUUCAGGACGCCGCAGAACUACCACCGCCACCUGCUUGUCCACACCGGAGAGAAACCCUAUGAGUGCGCCGUGUGCAGCAGGAAGUUCAGGCAGUCCAACCAGCUCAAGUCUCACAUGCAGAUCCACACCGGGGUGAAGCUGUACACCUGCGAGCGCUGCGGGCAGGGCUUCUCCGACUCCCGGCAGCUCAAGAAACACCGCUGCGGUGACGACUUUCAGAGCUUCGAGUCCAGCAGCAAACGCAGGAAACAGAAGAACGUUUUCCAGUGGGCCGAGGGCCUCUCAAACCAAUAACGCCCGAAACGUUAUAAAACACUCAUGAAAGGAAAUGAAUAGUUCAGCAUUUUGGGAAAUUCUCUUAUUCUCUCAGAUUGAUAUCAGUCGCUAUCAGUGGUUAGCCUAGCUAAGCAUAAAGACUGGAAACGGGGGGAAACAGCUAGCUAGCUGGCUCUGUCCGAAGUUCAAAAACACACCUGCAAAGAUCACUGCUUAACACGUUUCUGUCUUCUGUUCGACUGAAACAAACAAAUGUACACAUGUACGCCACAGAACUAUUUCUCGGUCAACAACAGUGUAUCCAUCCGCCCAGUACUUCACACACAGACGAGAGAUUGAUAUCCGUCCCCUCAUCUCGCUCUUGUAAAGACAGAGAAUAAUCCCGAAAUGUUGUACUAUUCCUUUAAAAGAUUUUGUCUUCAUUUUCUGUUAUUUAAAAACAAAAAUCUGUGAAAACCAGACGUCAGAAAUGCAGCUUAAAAACAGAUCAUAAAAAUAUUGUUUAUUGUUUGACUGUUUUUUAGGAAUGAUUUCGACUGAUCUGCAGCAGCUGUUGGCAUUAUUUUGUACUCUGUUAGUGGAAGGAUAUUCUGAACGGUUUUCCUCUCUGACCGAAGGAAACACUACAACUUUCUCUUAAACGGCAACAAAAAGUUCCAACUGAAAAUCAGUUUGUUUGUUUUGAAAUCAAAGGUGAAAUUUUUCUUUUAGUUCAGCCACGUUUCCCUCAGUGCUGUUUGGUUUUCUGAGCUACAUUAAAGGGCCGGUUCACUCAGUCAUAUCUGUCCAGUCAGAUAGUUUCUCUGAGAUUUCUGCCUCCACCAAUCCAACGGAGGAGAAUGAAGUUUAGAAGUUUCUGUGCUGCUCACGGUGUUGAAAAGAAAACUUCUCUUUCAGAAACAGUUCCUGUUCGUUGCGAUAAUCCACAGAACUCACUCGAGACGGUUUUCAUAAGAACUACUUUCUGCUGAAGAAAUAGUCCCUCGAUGAGGUCCGUGGAGACGAUCUUGUUAGCUAACCAGCAGAGUCUGUACCUUAUAUUAAAGUUGUAAUAUACUGUGUCCCAGUUCUAUAUCACGUACUUUAUUUACAAAUACAAUGUAGUAAACGCUGUCAGUGGUUUCCAACCCGAGUGUCGAGGCGCCCACGGUUCCUAAAAUAAAUCUGAGAUUCCUGUGAUUAGAGGUUAUAGGUCGACUAAGCUUCAUUUUAAGAAGCAAAAAGGUUGCGAAUCACUGACGACUGUUGGUGGCAGUGCACUGUUUGCAUGUACUCUACGGUCUGUACUAACAUGAAGUGAAUUUCACUUAAGAUGAAUUUGCAACUGCUGAUUCAAAAAUAAGUGUAAAGCAUUUCCUCAAAGAUUUAAAUCUUAAUAUCUUUUCUCUGCGGAUGCUCCUCCUUGUCUGUUGAGGAUUAUAAAUUCUACAUUAGUGUAAAUAAAUAAAAUCAUAUUUCA